UCUUCCAAGGAACAAUGCAUGUUCCACAUAACCAGGCAGUAUAAACAAAAAAAUUAUGUAUUCACAUAGUCUUCUUUAGAAAAUAUAACAUCAUCAAGUGCACAAAUAUAUGUACAGGAUGCAAAACGUGAACAGACACUAAACAUUACAAUAUCAUCUCACAAUAGACAGUAUAAACAAAAAAAUUACGUAAUCACAAUGCCAACAUCAUCAAGUGCAUAAAUAUAUGUACAGAAUGCAAAAUGUGAACAGACACUCUGUUCUAUGACUUGGAUAAGUAAGGAUGUCAAUUGCACUCUUCCGAUUCAAAUAUUAUUGCUACAGUAUCUAUUGACUUUUCGAUUCAAUUAUUCAUAAUCUAAUUCUGAAAUCUCACAAAUUGCUGUAAAUUUGGAUAAUUCACCAAUAAACUUUAAAAGUUUUCAGGGUUAGGAAAGUACAUAAAAUUGUGGUUUUCAAAACUAAGAUUUAGCAGCUUUAAAAUAAAAUGAUGACCAUGAAGAACAUAUUGCGUAUUUCACUUUUGAUGCUUGCUAUAGGCAUCGAGAUUAACCAGGCAAAAAAAUGUAAAAUUCCAGAGAACAAUGAAGAUAUCGACUGGGAUAAGGUAAAGAAUGACUGGUACUUGGUGCUACACACCAACGAUGAGAUCAUGAAAGAAGAUGUUAUAGGUGUAAGAUUACGGAAUAUCUCCAAUACAAAUGAAGGAAUGCGAAUGGUGCAUACUGAUUUACAUGAGAAUUCUCCUCCCCAAACCUUUACAAGUCAUACGACCAAACGAAGAGAUGGCGUUUAUUAUGGGGAAAAGAGCGAAGAACCAGCUGCUUUGGCUUCACACACUCUAACACCAGAUGGAGGAACAAAUGAUAAAGCGAAAAAAAUAGGUACCUAAUGUAUAAUUAAAUUUACAGAUUAAAUUGGCAAUGGUAAAAUACAUUGACAAUCAAAAAGUUAAAACAUUUUAAUAUUCAGAUGAUGCCUUAUUCAAUGGUGAUAUUCUGGCUCUAUGUGAC